UCGAUCGCGCGCUCACCCUCGUCUUCGCCACGUCGGACGUUGCCGUUGUUACGUCGACGCGAUAUUCGCGUCGGUACUCCUCGCGCUCGCGGCGAUCUCCACGAACGAGGAGCCCCGAAGAAGACACUCCGAGAUUCGGCGCAGGUAUGAAGGGGGUGCGCACGAGCACCAUCAGCGAGUCGGUGGAAGCGGGCCUGCGAUUAAUCGGCAUGUGGCCGUAUUGCGUUCACGCGGACGUCAACUGGUGGACUUACAUCGCGUCGGUCGCGGUGGUGCAGUACUUCCAGUACUCGUAUGUCUUCGCGCACUUCGACAUGGGCAACUUCUCGGACACCAUAGACGGCCUCAGCAUCACGUUCGGCUACAGCCUGGCGUUCUUCAAGCUGAUCAAUCUCUGGUUCAAUCGGCGAAAGUUGUACGUCAUAUUGGCCGCGAUGGAGCAAGACUGGAGCGACGAGAUCGCGAUCGAUCCGAACAUUGCCACGAUGACUCACCACGCCGACCUGUCUCGUCAAUGCUCCAACGUGAUGAUCACGACGAACGCGUUGGCCGUGUUCUUUUAUACGAUCGGCGGCCCGAUACUCCGCUCGACGAUCAACAAAGGCGACCACGCCGCCACCCGCGAGUUACCCCUCAAGAUGGAGUUUCCGUUCGAUGUUUAUAAGUCCCCGGUCUUCGAAGUGGUGCGGGUCGCCCAGCUGCUUCAUGAUCUGUCGGUGGCUUGCAUCAUCGCUAUACUAAACUCUCUGAUCGUCACGCUGGUGCUACACGUGAGUGGUCAAAUCGAUAUCAUACGGCGAGGGUUGCUGGAAAUCUCCCGUAAUAAGCACGCGUCCAAAUCAUCUUUGGCUGCUAUAAAGCUCCUAGUCGGCAGGCAUCAAAGGAUCAUCGACUUGUCGGACAAUAUCGAAGAUCUCUUCUCGAGCAUCGCGUUGCUACAAUUCGUUUGGAACACCUUGGUCAUCUGCUGCAUAGGUUUCGUGAUCGUGAUAUCUAUCGGCACGGAGGAAGGCGCCACAGUGAUAACGAAGUCUCUGAUCUUUUACGUCGCGAUAACUCUCGAGGCUUUCGUGUUCUGCUACGCCGGGGAGCACCUCAGUGCCAAGAGCAAGUCCAUCGGUGAAGCCGCGUAUGAGUCUCUCUGGUACAAUUUGACACCCAACGAGUGUCGGAUCUUACUCUUCCUCAUACUGCGCUCGCAGAAGCGACUGACCAUCACCGCCGGCAAGGUGACAGAUCUGUCCUUGGAAAGUUUCACCACCAUACUUCACGUGAGCGGCCAGAUCGAUAUUAUGCGGCAAGAUCUGGCCGAAAUUUCCGGCAACAAAUACGACGCCGGCACGUCGCUGAUCGUUAUUAAAGACCUCAUUUACAGGCAUCAGAAGAUUAUCUCACUGUCUGAGAAUAUCGAGAACUUGUUCUCUUACAUCGCGCUCAUGCAAUUGCUGUGGAACACCUUAGUUAUUUGCUGCACCGGUUUCGUCAUCAUAAUCACCAUCGGUACCGACGUGGGUAUAACGACUUUGUUCAAAUCCGUAAGUUUUUAUAUCGCGAUAACUCUCGAAGCUUUCAUAUUCUGUUUCGCCGGGGAAUUUUUAAGCGCCAAGAGCAAAUCGAUCGGCGACGCGGUGUAUGAGUCGCUCUGGUACGACAUGCCGUCGAGCGACAGCCGCAUCUUGCUGUUUGUGAUACUGAGGUCGCAAAAGCGGCUGACCAUCACCGCGGGCAAAGUUGUCGAUUUGACUUUGGAGGGAUUUACGAGCAUCAUGAAGGCCUCUGCCUCGUAUGUGUCGGUGCUGAACGCGAUGUAUUAACGUCGGAAUGAGACCCCGCCGCUCACCGUCCGCGUAUAUUCACCGACAUCCACAACUCAAUCGGCCUGCAGUUAUCUUCGUCGGCUGAAUAAAAUUGCACGAGUGACGAGACGUCAGAUUAUUUUUGCCGUGUGAAUUAUUCCUUAUAAAUUCAGCGGAUCAUCAUCCUCCGUUUGCGGAUCCCGAAGGAGAUCAAAUGCCAGCGAAUGUUCUCUUCGUCUAGCUAUACCGUGCUUGUGGAGUAUAAAUUUUUGACUGAAACUUGCAACCGUCGUGCACUUGUCCAAUCGUCAGAUUGGUCAUGUGUUUUUCAUCUUUCUUUAUGAAUAUAUAUACCCGACUGGUACAACUGGUGUUACAAUGAUACGUUGCGCGUUAUUUCACCUCGUCUCUUUUCCAAAAUCGACGCUUAUAUUUACCGAGAUUGCAGAUGCGAGGUCAGGGAAUAAACACGGCCGAAUUUCUUAAGAGAAAAAUGUCCCUUCUGUCGAGACAUUCAUUUUAAGAUCAGUGAUGAGAAAAUCC